AAAAGUAGGAAAUACCACAGAGAUCACCUAUUUCAAAUACCCAUUUAACAAAAAUUUAAAAAAUAAUAAUUAAAACAUGAUCCUGAGCAAUUGCUCAAAGUGACCCAGUGAAUUCACAGAAAAACUUGGGACUAGGACACAGUCAUUAAAUUCAGUAUCUUAGAACCGUGAUGGCGAACUUCCAGGGUCAUGCGCUCCCGGGGAGUUUCUUCUUGCUAAUUGGACUAUGGUGGUCGGUCAAGUACCCUAUAAAGUACUUUCACCGGAAGGGGAAACACAGCCAACUGCCUCAUUUUUAUCAGUGUCUGGAGAUCACUGAAGCUGCAGUGAGAAUAGUGUUCUCAGUUAUUGGAUGCCUGGCAGAGCAGUUCGUACCCGAUGGGCCCCACCUCCACCUGUACCACGGAAAUGACUGGGUCAAGCUAAUGAACUGGCAACACAGCACCAUGUACCUGUUCUUUGGCGUCUCAGGAAUCGUUGAUAUGCUCACCCACCUCACCAGCCACAUUCCCUUGGGGGUGGACAGGCUGGCAAUGGCUGUCUCAGUCUUCAUCGAAGGUUUUCUCUUCUACUAUCAUGUUCAGAACCGCCCACUGUUGGACCAGCACAUCCACUCGCUCCUGCUCUACAUCGUGUUCGGAGGAGCCGCCAGCAUCUCCUUAGAGGUCAUCCUUCGAGACAACAUCGUACUGGAGUUAUUCCGAACCAGCCUCCUCAUUCUGCAGGGAACCUGGUUCUGGCAGAUUGGGUUUGUGCUCUUCCCGCCUUUUGGAAUGGCUGAGUGGGACCAGAAAAGUCAUGAAAACAUCAUGUUCAUCACCAUGUGCUUCUGCUGGCACUACCUGGCUGCCCUCUGCAUCAUGACCAUCAGCUACUAUCUUGUUUACUGCUCUUUGAGUCGGAUAAAGAGGCCAGGAGGAGAAAUCAUUGGAAUUCAGAAGCUGAAGUCAGAUCACACUUACCAGGCGGCCCUCUUAAGUGGCUCCGAUGAGGAAUGAGAGGUGACCGCCAGUCAUCCCUGGAGACUGAGUGUAUUCCUUUGAGUACAAUUAGAGUCAGCCAAAGGUGACACAAAGGUGUGGCUCAUCUCUGCUUAAAUGCUUGAACUGAUCUCUGUGUUGAGCGUUAUAUACACAGAGACACGGAGCAAGCCCUUGGGUCUCUGUGUGAAGAAAAAUCAAGAGACUGAAAAAUUUCAGAACAGGAAGAGGCCUCUUGGAUGAGUCCUACAGAACGUACUGUUUUCGAUAAACCUUUGUCUCUCCAGAAAAAAAAGGUAGCUGCUUUAUUGGAAAAUGAAUAACAUUGCCUGUAAUUUGA